AUGCAACCUGGGGUGUAUAUAUACUACAGUCGCCCUCACUGCGGUUAGUAUUCUUCAGAGAAAAUCCACAAGAAGUAAUUCAACGUCAGUGUACGCGAGAUUUACUGCGUCUCAACAACGUUUAAACAUGCAGAUCUUUGUCAAGACCCUCACUGGCAAGACCAUCACCCUUGAGGUCGAGCCCAGCGACACCAUUGAGAAUGUGAAGGCUAAAAUUCAGGACAAGGAAGGCAUUCCCCCUGACCAGCAGAGGCUGAUCUUUGCCGGCAAGCAGCUUGAAGAUGGCCGCACCCUGUCCGACUACAACAUCCAGAAGGAGUCCACCCUCCAUCUUGUCCUGCGUCUGAGGGGCGGUAUGCAGAUCUUCGUCAAGACCCUCACUGGCAAGACCAUCACCCUGGAGGUCGAGCCCAGCGACACUAUUGAAAAUGUCAAGGCCAAGAUCCAGGAUAAGGAAGGCAUUCCCCCUGACCAGCAGAGGCUGAUCUUUGCCGGCAAGCAGCUUGAAGAUGGCCGCACCCUGUCCGACUACAACAUCCAGAAGGAGUCCACCCUCCAUCUUGUCCUGCGUCUGAGGGGUGGUAUGCAGAUCUUCGUCAAGACCCUUACUGGCAAGACCAUCACCCUGGAAGUCGAGCCCAGCGACACCAUUGAGAACGUCAAGGCCAAGAUCCAGGAUAAGGAAGGCAUUCCCCCUGACCAGCAGAGGCUGAUCUUUGCUGGCAAGCAGCUGGAAGAUGGCCGCACCCUUUCCGACUACAACAUCCAGAAGGAGUCCACCCUCCACCUUGUCCUGCGUCUGAGGGGUGGUAUGCAGAUUUUCGUCAAGACCCUCACCGGCAAGACCAUCACCCUUGAGGUUGAGCCAAGUGACACUAUUGAGAAUGUGAAGGCCAAGAUCCAGGACAAGGAAGGCAUUCCCCCUGACCAGCAGAGGCUGAUCUUUGCCGGCAAGCAGCUGGAGGAUGGCCGCACCCUCUCCGACUACAACAUCCAGAAGGAGUCCACUCUCCACCUUGUCCUGCGUCUGAGGGGCGGUAUGCAGAUCUUUGUCAAGACCCUCACCGGCAAGACCAUCACCCUGGAGGUUGAGCCCAGCGACACCAUUGAGAACGUCAAGGCUAAGAUCCAGGAUAAGGAAGGCAUUCCCCCUGACCAGCAGAGGCUGAUCUUUGCCGGCAAGCAGCUGGAAGAUGGCCGCACCCUCUCCGACUACAACAUCCAGAAGGAGUCCACCCUCCAUCUUGUCCUGCGUCUGAGGGGCGGUGCAAACAUGCAGAUCUUUGUCAAGACCCUCACCGGCAAGACCAUCACCCUUGAGGUCGAGCCCAGCGACACCAUUGAGAACGUCAAGGCUAAGAUCCAGGACAAGGAAGGCAUUCCCCCUGACCAGCAGAGGCUGAUCUUUGCUGGCAAGCAGCUUGAAGAUGGCCGCACCCUCUCCGACUACAACAUCCAGAAGGAAUCCACCCUCCACCUUGUCCUGCGUCUGAGGGGCGGUAUGCAGAUCUUCGUCAAGACCCUCACUGGCAAGACCAUCACCCUGGAGGUUGAGCCCAGCGACACCAUUGAGAACGUCAAGGCUAAGAUCCAGGAUAAGGAAGGCAUUCCCCCUGACCAGCAGAGGCUGAUCUUUGCUGGCAAGCAGCUGGAAGAUGGCCGCACCCUGUCCGACUACAACAUCCAGAAGGAGUCCACCCUCCAUCUUGUCCUGCGUCUCAGGGGCGGUCAAUAAAUGAUUCCAUGUUUUUUACCUGACAACGUAACCCAAUAAAAGCUGAGAUGAAACGAUA